CCAUUACCCGUUCAACUUCUGCCCAACUCUCGACACGGUCGAACCUCCAAUAAUCUUCCACCAAAACUACCGCCAUCAUGAUCAUUUACAAGGAUAUUAUCACCGGUGACGAGAUCAUCUCUGACUCCUACGAUCUGAAGGAAGUCGAUAAUGUCGUCUAUGAAGUCGAUUGUGCCAUGAUCACGCUUGGUGCCGUCGAAGUCAAUACUGGAGCCAAUGCAUCUGCUGAGGAGGCAGAGGAGGGUGUUGAGGAUGAAGCCGUGAAAGUCAACAACGUCGUCAACUCGUUCCGCCUGAAUCAAACCUCCUUCGACAAGAAGUCAUAUCUAAGCCAUCUCAAGACAUAUAUGAAGAAGGUUAAGGAGGCAUUGAAAGAGAAGAAUGCUUCCGAGGAGACGAUCACCGAGUUCGAGAAGGGGGCCCAAGCAUAUGCCAAGAAAAUUGUGGGCAAUUUCAAAGACUACGACUUCUACAUUGGCGAGUCAAUGGAUCCCGAUGGAAUGGUCGUUCUCAUGAACUAUCGCGAGGAUGGCACCACACCCUUCGUCACUGUCUGGAAGCACGGUCUCACUGAGAUGAAGGUCUAGAUGGAUCUGGUUUGCGGUGUUUUUCUCAUUCCCUGCAUUGCCAUGGUCUCUAGAGGCAUGUUUCCGCGCCGUUUCCCCACGCUCACGAUAUCACUCCAGUAAAUGAAAAGCAUUCCCCGACCUAUUCCUAUGUGCCCAAAUGACAAGUGUCGCCGUUCCUUUGAAAUUCCCCGAAAUCCCUUGAAAAUUCAAUCCGUAUGAUCUGGAAACCAACCAGAAUUCAUCCUCGGGAUUCAAGACGUAAAUGAAAAACAUUCCUCUGACUUAUUCCAAUGUGCUCCAUGACAAGUGUCUCCAAUCCUUGAAAUUUCCUGAACAGUCAAUCCGUAUGGCCUAGCAGCCAGCAAGAACUUAUCCUUAAUAGCCAAGCCAUCACUUUCUCU